ACCUUAUAAACCCUAAAGACGUUUGAAAUAUUUCGAAUGUAAGGGAUUCUAGGCAAAUGUAGGUGCUAGGGAUCGAUCAAUCGAGCACGGAUGGGCGCCGGUCGCCACACUCACACGGUCCUCGUCGAUACGACAUGGAAUGGCGCAGCAUUCCAUCACCGCGGCCUCCAUCCGCGCGAUCUUGGCGCGGUGAUCUUCGUUUGCAACGGCGAGACGAUGGAGGAGUGCCUGAGGAAGAAUCUUUUCGGACUGCCACGGCCACACAUCGCCUACGUCCAGCACAUCGACGCAGGGAUGCCCCUCUUCUUGUUCAACUACGACGAUCGAUCGCUCCACGGCGUCUUCGCGGCCACCGGCAAGGGCGCUCUCUCGAUCGAUCCUCACGCUUGGAGCCCCAACGGUAGCGCGCCGACGAAGUACCCCUGCCAGGUUCGUGUCCGGCUGGAAAUCCAGUGCGCUCCACUGCCGGAGAAGGUUUUCUCGAGAGUGAUCAAGGAGAACUACGUCUCCGCGGGGCGAUUCAUGUUCGAGCUUACCAGGAAGCAAAUGCACGAGCUUGUGGGACUCUUCACCAAGGGAAAGGUAGCAUCUUCUUCGAAGAGCCCUGUGGUGGCUCCUCCUCCUCUUCCUCCGCCGCCAAGCAACAAAGCUCCCACGGCGUGGAAGCAAGUGGUAGCAGCUCCUCCUCCGGCUGUUCUUCCUCAAGCGGCGCCGCCACCACCGCCACCGCCAGCAGCUGUGAAGUCCGAGAACUUGCCGCCUCCUCCUCCGGGUCCUCGAGCGCCGUCACCACCUUCCAGUGAUGCAGAUCAAGAGUACAUUGUUCCGGCAGUUCCUACAGCACAACUCAUGGUCCAGGAGGCUCUCCAGUCCGAGGACAAUUCGACAGUGCUGGAUCGUAUCCUCGAGAAGCUCAAGGUUGUCGAUCCUCCCGAGGACAAGAAUGUCUCGGCUUCCUCGUCGUCUCAAGAGAUCAUCUUUGGCGCCGCGAUGCCUACCGACAUGGGGAGCUUGAUGCUAGCUUCCGGAGGGCAGUUUGAUCCUUCCGUCGCGAAAGCGGUGGAUAAAAGCUUGCGGCUGUGCUCCGACGCUGUGGCGGAGAUGCGUGAGACCGAGAUCCGGCUGGGCAAGACGAUGGAGGAGCUGAGAGUGAAAGGGGAGUGUCUCAAGGAGCUGGAUGCUGUCCGAGCCAAGAACUUGGAGCUUGCCAACGUGAGCAUCAGCUUGUCGGGGCAACUCCAAGAGCUCAAGGCCGAGGUGGCGGCGGUGAAGCGCUUGGCCACCUUUCAGGCGUUGUAUCUCAUCGGUGGCUCCAGUGGCGAAGGGAAAGAUCGCUCUGUGGACAAGUUCGUGCUGCGUGGCGGCGAGCUCUGGCAGGCAGCGCCUCUGCUAGCACCACGAUCGUGUUCCGCGGCCGGAGUUUUGAGUGGGAAGAUCUACGUGUUUGGAGGCACCAUUGGAGAGACCAACGUGACCUCGACCGAGCAGUAUGAUCCGGAAGGAAACGUCUGGAGUGUGUUGAGCAAGCCGAUGGUCAAAGCUCGCGCAUACCACGGAGGAGCCGUGGUUGGAAGCAGGAUCUUUGCUCUCGGUGGUAGAAACGACACUGCCUUCCUCUCGGAGACGGAGUCAUUCGAUCAGGAGGUGGGAUGGAUGGCUUCGGUCCCAAUGAUGGAGAGACGAGGCGCAUUCUCUCCGGUGGUGGUGGAGGGAUCGAUCUACGCUUUCGGUGGAACAGACGGGAACCUCUACCUCGACUCGGCCGAGCGGUUUGAUCCACGCGAGGGCAUCUGGAGGAGCCUUCCGCCGAUGAGCUCCAAGCGGCUGUGGUUCCAGUCGGCUGCCUGGAACAACAAAGUCUACGUGCUCGGGGGCCACGAUGGUUGCGACUACUUGGCGAGUGUGGAGCGCUUUGAUCCUCGCGCUGGGAAGUGGGAGACGAUCAAGCCACUGGCUGGGUCGAGAGCUCACGGUGCUGCGGCGGUGGUGGACGGAUCCAUUUGCGUGGUGGCGGGGCUGGACAAGAAGCAUCACUUCGUCAACACCAUCGAGUGCUACGGUGAAUCGUCGAGCUCGCGAGUGAUCGAAGUCUGUGAUCUCCACCAGCGCAGCUUGUUCUCCCUUGGAGUGAUCUGAUCGCCGGUAUGGUUUUUCUUCGCUAUCUCUCUCACACUCUUUCUUCUUUGUUUGACAAGGUUAAUAAGUUUCGUUUUGCGA